CGGGACAAUGGAUGGUGAUGAGAGCCAGGACAUGUCCCAAGUCUCAGGGAAGGAAAGCCCUCCCGUCAGUGACACUCCGGACGACGGCGACGAGCCCAUGCCCGUCCCGGAAGACCUGUCCACCACGUCCGGAGGGCAGCAGACCUCGAAGAGCGACAGAGGCAUGGCCGGUAAUGUUAAAGUAGAGGCUCAGAGUGACGAAGAGAAGGGACAUGCCUGUGACAGGAAUGGGGACGCUUGUGCCCAGGACUUGCGCGCGCUCGGUGCCGCGGGAGAGGACACGAAUGGCUCCCACGGUGGCCAAGGCGGCAGAGCUCUGUCGGGAGCUGGCGGCAUCCGACUUCCUAACGGCAAACUAAAGUGUGAUGUCUGUGGCAUCAUUUGCAUCGGCCCCAAUGUGCUCAUGGUCCACAAGAGGAGCCACACGGGUGAGCGUCCCUUCCAGUGCAACCAGUGCGGGGCCUCCUUCACCCAGAAGGGCAACCUGCUCAGACACAUCAAGCUGCACUCGGGGGAGAAGCCCUUCAAAUGCCACCUCUGCAACUACGCCUGCCGCCGGAGGGACGCGCUCACCGGCCACCUGCGGACGCAUUCCGUUGGUAAACCUCACAAAUGUGGAUAUUGUGGCCGAAGCUAUAAACAGCGAAGCUCUUUAGAGGAACAUAAAGAGCGUUGCCACAACUACUUGCAAACCAUGGGCCUUCCAGGCACGCUGUACCCAGUCAUUAAAGAAGAGACGAACCACGGGGAGAUGGCAGAAGACCUGUGCAAGGCAGGAGCCGAGAGAGCCCUGGUGCUGGACAGGCUCGCAAGUAACGUCGCCAAACGUAAGAGCUCUAUGCCUCAGAAAUUUGUUGGUGACAAGUGCCUGUCGGACCUGCCCUACGACAGUGGCACCGGCUACGAGAAGGAAAGCGAGAUGAUGCAGAGCCACGUGAUGGACCAGGCCAUCAACAACGCCAUCAGCUACCUGGGGGCCGAGUCCCUGCGCCCGCUGGUGCAGACGCCCCCGGGCAGCUCCGAGGUGGUCCCGGUCAUCAGCCCGCUGUACCCGCUGCACAAGGCCCACGGGGACGGCCCCGGGAGGGCCAACCACUCGGCCCAGGACAGCGCCGUGGAGAACCUGCUGCUGCUGUCCAAGGCCAAGUCGCUGUCCUCCGAGAGGGAGGCGUCCCCGAGCAACAGCUGCCAAGACUCCACGGACACGGAGAGCAACACGGAGGAGCACCGGGGAGGCCUCAUCUACCUGACCAACCACAUCGGCGCCCACGCCCGCAACGGGCUUUCCAUCAAGGAGGAGCACGCGGCCUACGAGGUGCUGCGAGCCGCCUCUGACAGCCCCCAGGACGCCUUCCGCGUGGUGGGCACGAGCGGGGAGCCCAUCAAGGUGUACAAGUGUGAACACUGCCGCGUGCUGUUCCUGGACCACGUCAUGUACACCAUCCACAUGGGCUGCCACGGCUUCCGCGACCCCUUCGAGUGCAACAUGUGCGGCUACCACAGCCAGGACAGGUACGAGUUCUCGUCGCACAUCACGCGAGGGGAGCACCGUUUCCACAUGAGCUAA